AUGACGGCUGUUACGGCUGUUGUGGUGGCAGUUGUUAUGCUCUCGUCGCCAAGCCGAGAAGGCUCACUUCCGACCGGUCGGUUCACUUGCCAAUCCGAGACUACGACCCGUCACUCCUUGGCUCUUGCCUCGGCCCUACACGAUACUGGUUUAGGUAACUCCUCUUCUCCGCCCUCGUCCUCGUCCUCGCCCUCGCUCUUGUCCACAUCCACCUUCUCCAGACAGCCAAUCGGUGCCGGACUUUGA